AUCAGACUCGUGCAUCGCUGUCUGGGCGGCCCCAGAGGCCGAAAGGGCGCCGGAGGCAUGGGCCUGAGGUGCCGCACGACUCUCGAAGCCCUGUGCAGCCUGCGCGCUCUGGCGACCCCCACCCUCGCGGUGACCCCCAUUCCUCGGCGGCCCACCACCCCGCCAAGCAAUGCCCCUUGGUUCUCCUCGGGGCUUCCGCCACAGCCGCUCGAGUCAACAGUGGCUCAAUCCUUCCUCUCGGUCCGACGCUCACGCCCUCAGUCGACAAACAGAUGGCGUUUGCGGACUGCAGCCAGGGCAUACGCCGUUACGUGGAGGCCUUGGAGCAGUUGCUCACGUCCCUCGGCCGUCAGAACUGGAAUGCUGUGUGGGAGACCCUGCAUUUGUGCCAGGAAGUUCUCGCGUGCGGGAGGUGCCGCGCUGACGAAAAGACAUUGUUGACGUGCAUUCAGGAGGUGCAGGUCAGGUGGGACGACUGGCGGGAUCCGUGCCACGAGAGGCUGCGAGGGAUACUCCAUGAUCGGCUCGCCCCCCCCCACCGAGCUGACUGCAUGCCUUGUCUCCAAGGUCCUCUUCACCCACAACAAGUGCUCCACCAGCUUCCGCCACGGCACGCACAGCGGACGGUCCAUUGAUUGGCUGGUCGACAGCAUGGUCCAGGGAAAGAUCCAGCCCACGGACGAAACAAUGACGCUCCGCGGCGUGCGGUUCCAUGGGGAGAUCUACUCGCUGAACAACCGGCACGCGCAGGCGCUGAUGUGCUACGCGGAGCACUGCGAGAGGGCGGGGCUGCCCACGCCCACAUGUCAGGUCAGCGUUUGGCCCCUGGUUCCAGGCCUGCGCCUCGACGACACGAGACAGGACGUCUUCGAGAAGUUCAGCUCAGCGUUCACCUCGGCGACGCGGGGCCGGGUCAUGGCGCCAGCCCGCACGCCGUCGUCGACGACGCCCGCCCGCACGCCAGAUGGCGCCCAGCCUGCCGCUGGCUGGAUGCGGUGCGGGCAGUGCCACGCUCUCUGCGCCAACCUCGCGGACUGCUUGCUCCUCUGGGACGUCCACCAGCCGAAAGACGGGACCGUGCAGGAGCGUCUGAAGCGGGUGCCGAGCCUCAUGUGCUUCACGACGGAGCAGUGCCUCGAGAAUGGCCGCUUCGCGCCGCACCCAGAGGCCGGCGCAAUGCCUUUCAAAUUGCACAAGGUUCAUUGCGGCUGCUGUUCUGCGGCGCUCGGUAACGUGCAAAACACUUUGACCAUGGAGGGCGAUUGGAGCAAGGUCUUCGAUGAUCGGAGCGUGGGCGUGAAGUGCAACACAGUGGCGCUGCAGUUCCAGGAUUGCGCCGACCGCUUCGUGCAGACUGAGAAGUGGGUGAGCUACCGCUUCGCCAUGGGGUUGGAGCCGUUGAUUCGGCUGGGCACGCUGACCAUGGCGGCAGUGCGGAGGCAGGGCACCAAGUAUUUGAAAGAAAUUGUCCCGAAGGUUCCCGCAACCACCGCUUCUCACGACGCAGCGCUGGCAGCGCUGCCUGCGCGUGCAGCCUCUCACCUGCGCGCGCUUGCUGACGGCGUCCUGCAAAAAGAGUUGACGGCGUUUGGCGAGCACUUGGAGGAUUGCCUCGCUGAAAGCGUGCGCGUCUGCGACAGGUUUCUCCAGUUUCGCGACUUGGCGUGGCGUCACUUGGCCACUGGAGCUGUCGCCAGCGAGUAUGAGUUCAACAACGCCUACUCGCGCUUUUACAUGGCAGCACGGAACACGGUGGGGCCAGCGUCAGACUGCGAUGGAUUUGACCGCGCCUUCGUCCAAAUGCAGCGCGAACUGAAGGAGAAGAGGAUGCAGGAGCUCCCCUGGACGCUGACCUCCUUCUGCGACCUGGAGAGCCUGGUCCCCGAGCACCCCGGGUCGGUGGCCGUCCUCGGGCGGCUGGAGGAGUCGAGCGAGGGCACGCUCUGCCUCUUCCGACUCCGCUGCUCGUUCCCGCGCGCAGAGCUCAGGUGCCCCAGCGAGAGAGCGCGCGAGCUGCGCGGGCGCGCAGAGGCCUUCGUGCGCCGGUUCUGCCCGCGGGCUCUGCGAGGCGGGGCUCCCACAGAGGCCGCGGAGCGCGUCUUCAAGACGCUGGUUCUGAACUACGUCCUGUCAGCGUCAGGCCUUCACUGGGGCGUCGGCCCUGGCUUCUACGCGGGCGCUGGCGCGGCCAGCCACGCCGUCAUGGAGUGCUACGCUUCGCCGUUCAACCACUCCCUGGAAGUGUUCUGCUCGCAGUGCGUGCCCGUCGACAUCGCCUUUGGCAGCCUCGGCUCCUUCCACAGCCCGGCGGUGGACGAGUUUCUGCGGGAGGUACCCGCGGGCUCCCUCCUCGUCGCCAAUCCACCGUACAUCGAGGCGGAGCUCGCUGCGUGCGCGAAGCGCACCUGCGAACUGGUCGACCGUUGGGGCCUCCUCGGCGCGGGGAUGUACCCGGACUGGAGGGACUCCGACGGCGUCAUGGCCUUGAAAGCGGCGGUCGCACAGCGUGGCGGCCGCGUCGUGAAGCUCGCCCACUCCAAGUUCGCGUGCUUCGACUACGAGCUGGGUCAAGAGAUGCCUGCGCGCUUCGCGAGCCUAGGUUUCGUCUUCGGGAAGGAAGCUGGCAAUCUGGGGGCGCUGAAACGCGUCGUGGAGAAGUUGGAGGGGCUUCGUCGCACGACUAGAAAGGGCAAGGGCAAGGGCAAUGGCGGCCAUUGAAGGGCACGGGCAAGGGCAAGGGCAACUUGCUCAGAAGUUUGAAGGGCAAGGGCCGCCAUUGAACGCGUGCCUCUUGACAGAACAACCGUCGUGUUCGCUCGGUCCCAUGGGUAGCUGCCAUGUCCACACGAUUCACAUUUGCCGUAAAUCACAUUGGAGGCCAGAUGCAUUUUCCAGCGCCGGUAGUAAGUAGUCCCAAAGUGCGGCUCAGCACGCGCGUUGCGCUUAACCCCAGCACCAACCAUGCUACCACAAGCGAUCUAGUUCGACGGAUUGCCUGUCUCACGCUGCAUGUUGGUAGUCUUUGCACUUUGCAUGUCAACGGUGAUCGAUCGUUGGUAUGCUAAGGUGUUGGCGCACAUGGGGCACCGCCGCUGUCUGCAAUGAACUCCACGCGGCCAUUGUCUAUGGCUGCGUCAGUCUCGUCUAAGGGUGCAGCGGUAUCAUAGGAUUUGAGAAAACAUUGAAUUCCGACUGACCACGCUACUGUUGUAGGUAAGGUUGAGGAUUUGAUGGUUCGCUUGUCUCGCCCAGCUCGUCCAGCACAUGUUGUCGACCAGUCGUGUCUAACAUUU